CGUGAUAAUAGGCUGGGCCGUCACAUCCCAACGACUGUCGGUGUUCCGAGGAGAGUCAGAAGCUGAGUGGGCAGGCUGCAGGGUGAUACUUUAACUUGACAGUCAGUAAAAACUAGACAUAAACUGGAGUAAGCAUGGCUAAACCGCUGACAGACCAGGACAAGAGGAAGCAGAUCUCGGUCCGAGGGCUGGCCGGGGUGGAAAACGUUACUGACCUGAAAACUAAUUUUAACAGGCACCUCCACUUCACCCUGGUUAAAGACCGAAAUGUGGCCACCAAACGGGACUACUACUUUGCCCUGGCCAACACGGUCCGGGACUACCUAGUGGGCCGCUGGAUCCGGACGCAGCAGCACUAUUAUGAGAAAGACCCCAAACGUGUCUACUACCUCUCCCUGGAGUUUUACAUGGGCCGGACUUUGCAGAACACCAUGGUUAACCUUGCCUUGGAGAACGCCUGCGAUGAAGCCACAUACCAGCUGGGCCUGGACAUGGAGGAGCUGCAGGACAUCGAGGAAGAUGCCGGUCUAGGCAACGGUGGGCUGGGUCGUCUGGCUGCUUGUUUCCUGGACUCCAUGGCCUCUCUGGGUCUGGCAGCCUAUGGAUACGGCAUCCGCUAUGAGUUUGGCAUCUUCAAUCAGAAAAUUGUCGACGGCUGGCAGGUGGAAGAAGCUGACGACUGGCUGCGUUACGGUAACCCCUGGGAGAAGGCUCGCCCUGAGUACAUGCGCCCAGUCCACUUCUACGGACGAGUGGAACACACAGCUGAAGGAGUGAAGUGGGUCGACACACAGGUGGUUCUGGCUCUUCCCUAUGACACACCAGUCCCCGGCUACAGGAACAACAUUGUCAACACCAUGAGACUGUGGUCUGCUAAGGCCCCAUGUGACUUUAACCUCAAAGAUUUUAAUGUUGGUGGCUACAUUCAAGCCGUUCUGGACAGAAAUCUGGCUGAAAACAUCUCCAGGGUUCUUUACCCCAACGACAAUUUUUUUGAAGGGAAGGAGCUGCGUCUGAAGCAGGAGUACUUUGUUGUAGCAGCAACUCUUCAAGACAUCGUCCGUCGAUUCAAAGCUUCCAAGUUUGGCUCCACAGAGUUUGUGCGACUGGACCUUUCUACGCUGCCAGACAAGGUGGCCAUCCAGCUGAAUGACACCCAUCCUGCUAUGGCCAUCCCUGAGCUGAUGAGGAUCCUGGUGGACGUCGAGAAACUCACCUGGUCGAAGGCCUGGGACAUCGUGGUUCGUACCUGUGCCUACACCAACCACACCGUCCUGCCUGAAGCCCUGGAGCGCUGGCCCGUCGACCUUUUCCAAAACCUGCUGCCGCGGCACCUGGAGAUCGUCUACGAGAUCAACAGGAGGCACCUGGAGCGCAUCGCCAAGCUUUACCCUGGCGAUCUUGACCGUCUGCGCCGAAUGUCUCUGAUUGAGGAAGGGGACGUCAAGAAAAUCAACAUGGCACACCUGUGCAUUGUGGGAUCUCAUGCUGUCAACGGAGUGGCCCGCAUCCACUCAGAAAUCAUCAAAGACACUGUGUUCAAGGAUUUCUACGAAACGGACCCGGAGAAGUUUCAGAACAAGACCAACGGCAUCACGCCCAGGCGCUGGCUGGUCAUGUGCAACCCCGGCCUGGCUGAGGUCAUCGCAGAGAGGAUUGGUGAGGACUACAUCCGUGACCUGGACCAGCUGAAGCAGCUUCUGGACUUUGUGGAUGAUGACUCCUUCAUUCAGGAUGUUGCCAAAGUCAAACAAGAGAACAAGAUGAAGUUUGCUGCCUACCUUGAAGAGCAAUACAAGAUAAAGAUCAACCCCAACUCCAUGUUUGAUGUCCAUGUGAAGAGGAUCCACGAGUACAAGAGACAGCUGCUCAAUUGCCUACACAUCAUCACGCUGUACAACCGAAUCAGGAAGGAACCCAACAAAUCCUGGACCCCCAGGACCAUCAUGAUUGGAGGAAAAGCGGCUCCAGGUUAUCACACUGCCAAGAUGAUCAUCAAGCUGAUCACAUCGAUUGGAGACAUCGUCAAUAAUGACCCUGUGGUGGGCGAUCGCCUCAAAGUUAUCUACCUGGAGAACUAUCGGGUCACUCUGGCUGAAAAGGUCAUCCCUGCAUCUGACCUGUCGGAGCAGAUCUCCACUGCUGGGACUGAGGCCUCUGGCACCGGCAACAUGAAGUUCAUGCUGAACGGGGCCCUCACCAUCGGCACCAUGGACGGAGCCAACGUGGAAAUGGCAGAGGAAGCUGGGGAGGAGAACCUCUUCAUCUUUGGCAUGAGGGUGCCCGAUGUGGAGGCUCUGGACAAGAAAGGCUAUGAUGCUGCGUCGUACUACCGCCGUAUCCCUGAGCUGAAGCAGGCGAUGGACCAGAUAUCCGGAGGCUUCUUCAGCCCCAGCCAGCCCGACCUUUUCAAAGACCUCGUCAACAUGCUGAUGAACCACGACAGGUUCAAGGUGUUUGCAGACUAUGAAGACUACAUCCAGUGUCAAGAGAAGGUCAGCGCGCUCUAUAAGGACCCUAAAGAGUGGACCAAGAUGGUGAUCCAUAACAUUGCCGGCUGUGGUAAAUUCUCCAGUGACCGCACCAUUUCCCAGUAUGCCAGGGAGAUCUGGGGCAUGGAGCCCAGUUUGGAGAAGAUCCCUGCUCCUGACGAUCCUCGCUAAACCACAUCUGCCUCCUUCACCUUACCGUAGCUCACUGUGUGGUCCGACCACUGCAGAAUAACCCUGUAGCUUUUCACCGUGUACUGUGGCAUUAUUUCUUUUCACACAUUACUGAUCCCUGAAGUGGGCUUAUUCCGAAACUGUAUUCUGUAUUUUCCUUCUGUGCACCAGCAACACAUAGUCUCACUGUUAAAAACGUUGUUAUCUCCACGUCAGCCUUUCAGCAGUUAGGAAGCAGCCUAGAUUUCAACUUGGUAUCGUGGGAUCUUUUUAGUUGAAGUUAAAACAUUAAAGAUAUACCUCCUUAUUUUGUAAAAGUGCCCAAUAGUUCUCCUAUUAUCCAAAGUUUACGGACUGAUGUUUGAAAUUCUAGCUCAUAACAUCAACCAGGAGCUGAGUGAAAAACCUUUUGAGUGCUAAAACAAAAUGAGGGACUAUAUCAUUACUACAGUGAUUCAAAAUCCCAAUUCUAACUACGUUCCCCUUCUACUUCUGAGCCAAUAUGGCUACCAAAACCCUGCAAAAAUGCCAAUAAACCUCAGUAUUGUUAUGGUUCCAAACCAGCCCAUGUCUUCCAUGGAAGAGGGAAGGGCCAGUCGGUGGUUAAUGUGAACCACAGCCUCAUAGCAGUUCUGUGACUGGAACCAUUUUCUCCAUAUUCCCCACAGAUUAACAUUUGUGUUAAUGUUUCACAUUAAAAGACCCCCCC